AAAAAGCAGAGUGAGUAAACAAAACAGUGAGAGUGAGUCAAACUACAGUCCUCGAACUCCCAAGCUACAAAACAGUACACAACUCCUCCUCGGUUUUGACAUCACCCUUUAACCAUUUUCCGGUGUUGGAGUUUUUGCUUCUACAAAAAUGGUGGAAGAUGAAGAUUACAGAAGGAAAGCCAAGAUUGCACUUGUAGCUAUUGUGCUACUUGCUUCCUUAGCUGUUUUCGCUUCUUUUGUUGCUCUUGCUUACUAUUGUUACAUCCGUAACGAGGUUUCCAAGCGCCGACGUAACAGUCAUAAAGUUGAAGAUGCUAACGUUAAUGAGAAAAGUGAUUUUUCAAAUCUGCAAGUUGUUGCUGAGGAAGGACUUAAGGUGUUCACUUUUAAGCAGCUGCAUUCUGCUACUGGGGGAUUCAGCAAGUCGAAUGUGGUGGGUCAUGGUGGAUUUGGACUAGUUUACCGUGGAGUGCUCAAUGAUGGAAGGAAGGUUGGGAUUAAGUUUAUGGAUCAAGCCGGAAAGCAAGGAGAAGAAGAGUUUAAAGUCGAGGUGGAAUUGCUAAGUCGGUUGCAUUCACCAUAUUUGCUUGCAUUGCUUGGAUACUGCUCUGAUCAUAAUCAUAAGCUGUUGGUGUAUGAAUUUAUGGCGAAUGGUGGCUUACAAGAACAUCUUUAUCCCGUCAGCAAUAACAAUUCUAGUGUCACAUCUGUUAAUUUGGAUUGGGAAACUCGAUUAAGAAUCGCACUUGAAGCUGCCAAGGGUUUGGAAUAUCUUCAUGAACAUGUCAGUCCUCCGGUGAUUCACAGAGAUUUUAAGAGCAGCAACAUCCUCUUGGACAAAAAAUUUCAUGCUAAAGUUUCUGAUUUUGGAUUGGCAAAGCUUGGACCUGAUAGAGUCGGUGGACAUGUUUCAACUCGCGUUCUAGGCACCCAAGGAUACGUUGCCCCCGAAUAUGCACUAACAGGACAUUUAACAACAAAAUCAGAUGUGUAUAGUUACGGUGUCGUACUUUUGGAGCUUCUUACCGGCCGAGUGCCUGUUGAUAUGAAGAGACCUCCUGGAGAAGGCGUACUCGUUACUUGGGCUUUGCCCCUUUUGACUGAUAGAGAAAAAGUUGUAAAGAUUAUGGAUCCAGCAUUGGAGGGACAAUAUUCAAUGAAAGAUGUCAUUCAAGUAGCAGCGAUUGCGACAAUGUGUGUGCAACCAGAAGCAGAUUACAGACCUCUCAUGGCAGAUGUAGUGCAGUCUUUGGUUCCAUUGGUGAAGACUCACCGAUCCAACUCAAAAGUAGGCAGCUGCUCUAGUUUCAAUUCACCCAAGUUGUCACCUGGCCCUGCCCAACAACCAGAUAAUGCAAAUAUGUAAUGUAUGAUUAACAUUACACAUCAUAUGUUUGGUAGUCUAUAUUUAGGAUAAACACCAGACAUGCGUAUGUUUGGUAGUCUAUGGUUUCUUUGUAAUGUUAAAUCAUAUGGUGUCCUUUUGGAGGGGAAAAUGAUGGUUUUAAAUGGUUCAAGUUGGUAAAAGAUGGUUAAUAUUUCAUA